AUGGUCGGCACAGUGAAACAGAAGCUCUACAUUCGUAGCGUCCCGCCUGGGAUGACCCUAACGAUCACCGAACUCAACACCUUGCCUCCUAACCCGCCGGAGCAGUGGAGGGCAGCAUUGUAUGUGAAUGAUUCGCAAGUUCAAGCGCCCAUCGUCGUAGAUCCAAGCAAGAAUUCCGGGUACAUCGGCGAGGUGAAGAUGUAUGGCACUCAUCCAUUCCCCAUUAAUAGUCCAGGGGCUCGUCUCGAGAUCAUCUUCAAGCUCACGGGUACUCCCACUCGCGCGCUCGACGAAGCCGCUGCAGAGAAGUUCAUCGCAGAUGGCCGUGCGGAGAAUCAUCUCCUCGAGGAGACGGUCACGGACGAGACCGUGGCUGAGAUAGGGCCGAUCCCGGCCGAUCUCCCAGCUGCUACACGGAUCGUUGAAGACUGGCCUGCCCCGAGCGCGGCGUUCGACAUCAAAGCCGAUGAAGAGGGCACCACCAGGGCCGUCUCCUCCCAGGACCAGUUCGGUCGCAUCAUUGUGGGGACCACCAAGUGGGGAUUGGUACAGCGUCCGGACUAUGCCGUCACGUACUAUCAGUGGAGCGACACGACUCCGAUCUCCCUUUCCUCUGCUAUCCCAGCGACGAUCAUCGGGAUGCCUGACCCCGCGCACGUCGUCGUCGGGUUCGACGCGGAUAAGAGAGAGAUAGGCAUCAACGCUACGACAUCCACGGAUGUGGCGAACACGAUGGCGAGCUAUGCGAUGCGAGGCAUACUGUGGGCGAAUGAGAAGGCGGCGGGAUGGGUCCUGAAGUUCUUCUGGCCUUUCUAG